AUGUACAGUGGCCACAAAUCAAAGCCUCCCUCACCCACAGUGGACACCAACACAGAGGAGGAGUGUCACUUCUCCAAGACAGCAAACACCCUCAGAGGGGCUGUGGGUGUGUUGACUUACGAAUUACUCGACAAGAAGAAGCAACGCUCUGAUGAGAUAAUAGCUGUCAUGUUCUCUGUACCUUAUGGAACUACAGUGUUUGGCAACUGGUUUGCAGUGGGCAUUUUUGAAAAAACUCGGCCAUGUGACAGGAAGCUCUUCAAUCUCAUGUACUAUAAGGAUAACCCCUCUAUGUUCACCCGUGCCAAGGCCAAACAUCCUAAUAUAGUGCACAAAGGAAACUCAGUUGAGAUCAGGGCUACAAUGAGUGAUUCCGGUAAAGCUACCAUUAAGGUGGAGCUUUAUAACAAGCAUUAA